CUUUCUUUUUGCGAUGAACCCCACUAGUCCCCCGCUCUCGAUAGCCGCGCCUGCGUACUCUGUUGGUGGAUGCGCUUUGAUACUGCGCGUAUGAUGAGCGAGAGAGCAAAAUAUAAAAACGUGAUGUAAAUCUGCUUCUUGCCAUAACUCAUCACGUUCUCUUCUCCGCUGCUACAUUCGUACUAUUCACAAACAAACAUGUCGCCACAUGCUCUUCAGAACAAGUACUCCAUCGCAACGAUGGGUGCGGAUGGUAUCGGCCCCGAAGUUGUCGAUGCGAGUGUGCAGGUGAUGAAGAAGUUGGUAGAGCUGGAUGGCUCGUUCGAGCUCGCUUUCGAGAACUUCGAUUGGAGCAGCGACACAUACAAGAAGACAGGAAAGUACAUUCCAGAUGGCGGACUUGAUGCGCUCAAGAAACAUGAUGCGAUACUUUUCGGUGCCGUCGGCGCGCCUGAUGUUCCCGAUCACAUUUCACUCUGGGGUCUCCGGUUAGCUAUCUGCCAGCCAUUCCAGCAAUACGCCAACGUACGUCCCACAAAGAUUUUCCGAGGGACGUCAUCGCCACUACGGAAAGCUGAGCACGGUGAUUUGGACUGGGUUAUCAUCCGUGAGAACAGCGAAGGAGAGUACGCCGGCCAGGGUGGACGAUCACACCGUGGCCAGCCAUGGGAGACUGCGACAGAGGUAGCUAUCUUCUCGCGACAUGGCGUAGAGCGCAUUAUGCGUUUUGCGUUCGAAUCCGCGCAAAAGCGCCCAAGGAAAUUGCUCACAGUCGUCACGAAGAGCAACGCUCAAAGAAACGGCAUGGUGCUCUGGGAUGAAGUGGCUGCUGAGGUUGCGAAGGAGUUUCCGGAUGUCAAGUGGGAUAAGAUGCUGGUAGAUGCGAUGACUUGCCGUAUGGUCCUUGACCCGAAGUCGUUAGACACCAUUGUGGCUACCAACCUUCACGCCGAUAUCCUUUCUGAUCUUGCUGCCGCCCUCGCUGGUUCGAUCGGCAUUGCACCAACCAGCAACCUGGACCCUACACGACAAAAUCCCAGUAUGUUCGAGCCUAUCCACGGCUCCGCAUUUGACAUUACUGGCAAAGGCGUUGCGAACCCUGUCGCAACAUUCUGGACAGCCGCCGAGAUGUUGACCUGGCUAGGCGAGGAGGAAGCCGCUAAGAAAAUGAUGGAAGCCGUCGAAGCGGUGACUGAACGGGGUAUUACAACGCGCGACCUUGGCGGGUCGGCAGGAACGAAGGAGGUGACUGAUGCGGUAUGUCAGGAACUUGAGAAGGUAUACAGUACAGUGCCAGCCAAGAAGGCAUGAAGAUUUGGGAUUUCACGAUAGACUAGCAUGUUCAAU